AUGGCUCUCCUCCCUGGAAACUCUUCCGAAUGCUCCAACUGCACCCACUCAGUGGAACCUGUGAACAUUUCCAAGGCCAUCUUACUGGGUGUUAUUCUAGGGGGGCUGAUUGGUUUUGGGGUUUUGGGUAACAUCCUGGUGAUCCUGUCCGUAGCCUGCCACAGACAUCUACAGAGUGUCACCCACUAUUACAUCAUCAACCUGGCUGUAGCUGACCUCCUCCUGACUUCCACCGUCCUGCCCUUCUCAGCUACCAUGGAGAUUUUGGGCUACUGGGUCUUUGGGAGGAUCUUCUGCAACAUCUGGGCAGCUGUCGACGUGCUUUGCUGCACCGCUUCCAUCAUGAGCCUCUGCGUCAUCUCCAUCGACCGAUACAUUGGGGUGAGCUACCCGCUGAGGUACCCCAGCAUAGUGACAGAGAGGAGGGGCCUGCUGGCCCUGCUGUGUGUCUGGGCACUGUCCCUGGUCAUCUCCAUCGGGCCCCUUUUCGGCUGGAAGGAGCCAGCCCCGGAGGAUGAGACCAUCUGCCAGAUCACCGAGGAGCCCGGCUACGUCUUGUUCUCAGCUCUGGGCUCCUUCUACCUCCCCCUGAUCAUCAUCUUGGUGAUGUACUGCCGGGUCUACGUGGUGGCCAAAAGGGAGAACAAAGGGCUGACCUGUGGGCUGAAGACGGAGAAAUCCCGUUCCGAGGAGGUGACGCUCCGCAUCCACCGCAGAAACGCACGCGGUGCAGGCGGCCCCGCACCCAACCCCAAGAGCAAGCACCACUUCUCCGUGCGCCUGCUCAAGUUCUCCAGGGAAAAGAAAGCUGCCAAGACCCUGGGAAUAGUUGUGGGAUGCUUCGUUCUCUGCUGGCUCCCGUUUUUUGUAGUAAUGCCUCUUGGCUCUUUCUUUCCUGCAAUCAAACCCCCGGACACACUUUUUAAAAUAACAUUUUGGCUGGGAUAUUUAAACAGCUGCAUCAACCCCAUCAUCUAUCCAUGCUCAAGUCAGGAGUUCAAGAAAGCGUUCCAUAACGUCCUGAGAGCUCAGUGCCUCCUGAGGAAGCAGCCAGCAGUGAAGCAAACCCCCAGCUUCAACCUCAACCAUCCUGCUGCCGAGAGCACCGAGAGUGGCAGAGGCGUGGUGCGGAUCCCCGUGGGAUCGGGAGAAACCUUCUACAAGAUUUCCAAAUCCGACGGGGUCUGCGAGUGGAAGAUCUUCUCCACCGUGCGGGGCGUGCCCGCCAAAAACGCCGUUUCCAAAGACUGCACAGCUGCCAAAGCCAAGAGCAAAGGGUUCCUGCAGGAAUGCUGCUGUGCAGGCACUUCAGGGAGUCUCAUCCAUGAGAGCUGCAAAGUGCCAACCACCAAAAUCCAUUCCAUCACCCUGGGCGAGAGCGGGGAGGAUGUCUAA